ACACACUUUGAUUUUACAGCUGCUACGUAUGUCAGAAGCACUUCAAACGAAUCUCCCAUUUGAUGACCCACCUGUCCAGCAAUAUUCAUAAACGCAAAGAAGAGAAACUCACGGAGCUAGCCAUUGAACAAUGAAGCUGCCUAUCUAGCCAUUACACUAAUUAGCUAUCGCGCCCCGUCCGUUCGUUUUUGUGGUGUAUUACAGUCUGUUGGUGGGUCAUGGUGCCCAAAUGCUGAUCCAACUGGUGCUUGCGGGAAAAGGUCUUAUUGCAGACUCGACAGCUGAAAAAUUAAAGGGAAUUUAGGGUUAUACAUGAUUAAAGCAGUCAAUGGACCUACAGAAAAGGCUUCUCGCCCGUGUGGGUGAGCAUAUGGUUUUUUAGCACGUUAGAGUAGGAGAAUGCCUUGCCGCAUGUGGAGCAAGUGAAAGGUCGCUCGUUUGUGUGUGUUCUGCAAAAGGAACAAGUAUAGUUUAUAUGAAGAUUACUAUGAGGAAUUGCAUCUUCACCUUUCAUGACGAAUAUUGGAGCUGCGAUCCGCAAACGAGCGGUUGCAAUAUUUACACAAGAAUGGUUUCUCGCCCGUGUGAACGCGGAUAUGGCGAUUUAGCUCGGAUGGACCCGCGAAGGAUUUGCUGCAUAUUCUAUACUCACUCGCAUUUAAAUGGUUUCUCGGCCAUAUGACGACGCAUAUGAAUGUUGAGAGCGGCUCGCUUGGAGUAGAUAUUGCCGCAGAUUUCGCACAUAAUGUUCGUGGAGGAUACUUCGGGAGAUGAUUUGAAGCUAGCUUGAACAGGCGGACGCUCCUCGCUAAAACUGCGUGGGUGUCCGGAGCUAGCACCGCGAGGUCGGCCACGUCCACGUUUAGUCAUCCGCGUUUUACGCACCUUAGCUUUGCGGCAGCGCUCGAUGGGCUGGUAGUCGCUAUCGGUGCUAUUCGGCACCAGCAAGUCAUCCUCGUCCAGGUCGUCCACUACAGUGCUAGUCUCGUAGGCCUGCGACGUUUCCCCGACACCAUCCUCCAGGGGCUCCUCCAUGAUGUUCUCCAUUCCGAUGUCAUCCUCGACACCGUCGAUGAAGUCGUUGGCCGAUUCGUAGAUGUACUCAAUGUUGUCAGCCACUACGUGCGGCACCUCGUCCGUUGGCUCCGACUUCAUCUCGGCCUGACAUGGUACCGGGUCAAGUGGGAUGUUUAUAUGUGGCCCAUCAACUCUAUACGUACCUUGACUACAUUGGUGGCAAAUGUGCGCUCGCUCUCCUGGCAAAGCUCCCGGAACUUGUGGGCACUGGUCAGUCGCUCCACGCAGCUGUAGCACAACAUACUGGGGAUGUUCUGCAGCGGCACCAGCUGAAAGCACAGAGUGGGUUAAGUCGCAGGAUUUUACAUUUGCAUCCACAUGUACCUUUAUGCUGCCCACUUCUUCAAUCUUGCGCACCAGCUCCCGGCACUGGGCGUCGUUGUCAUCGAACAGGGGCGCCAUCGCCUCCGAGUUGAUGUCCUCUGUCAAGCAGAUUCGGCACAACAUGUACUCGGGCAUUAUCUUGCACGUCCUGGACGUGGGCCCUAUUAAAUAUUUAAGCUUGAGUCACGCAAUAAAAAUACAGUUUUAGAACUAAAUGCAAAAAAAUUUGGAAUGAUAGUUGAAAACUGUUACUAAUUCCGCGUACCUGACAACCCUUUUACUUUUAAUUCACUGCUCUGGCAUUUGAAUCGGCAUUUGACGCGAAAGAGGGACUUCCUGCGGAAAUAACGAUGGAAAUCAGCAUUAAAUGGAGCAUGUGCCGCACUUGCCGCAAAAAAGGAACGCAAUCCACGCUGCAGUCGCUCUUCGAGUCCAAUGCCCACAAGCUGUUGAUCUCGUAUGCCGGCACAUCUGUGAAACCGGAUGAUGGACUGCCGGAUCAAAUUUGCACAGUCUGCUUGAUGCAACUGGAGGAGGUGGACAGAUUUCUUAGCGCGUGCAAACAAUCCGACGCGCACCUGAGAAGCCUCGUUCGUCAAACUCUGUCCUCCGCAUCGGCAUUUGAGACGCUGGAGGAUAAGGACCAGCUUGAACAGAAAAAACGCGCCAGGAAGCAGAACAUUUCGGGGAGACUCAUCGAAGAGAAUCCUAUUAACUUUAAGACUCAAGAGAAUGCAUUGGAAACGACCAAAGAUGAUGAAAUCUUACCCAUAAAUAAAUUUUCAAGCGAUUUCGUGUUCGAUCUCAACGUGAAUGCGGAAAACGAGAAAGACAUACACCAGGAGGACUAUACCAUCAGUGAUAUGGAUUUGGACAGGGAGAUCUCCGAUCAAAAUUACUCCGAAACGUAUUCGCAAGAAAGCAGCGCUGCUACGGACAGUAUUCAAGAGACAAGCGAGGAUUACCAUAAUCUAGAGCCAAGUGCCGACUACGUGAUAGAUCUAGGAGUGGCCUGCGAGCCGGACAAGUACAGAUGCAAGAUCUGCAGCAAUACAUACCGCUGCUUAUCUCAGCUAAAUGCACACUCGCAGGUGCACCGCAAGGAAAAGGACCACCAGUGCGAGGUUUGCCAAAAGACAUUCAGAGCCGCCUGCAACCUGAAAACACACAUGCGGACGCACACGGGCGAGAAACCUUACCAAUGUUGCUACUGUUCGCGCCGUUUUGCCGACAACAGCACUCAUCGCAAGCACGAACGUUUGCACACGAAUGAAAGACCCUAUGCUUGCAACAUAUGUGGAAAAACAUUCUCUCUGUCCUCCUCUCGUAACGCUCACUACUACCUGCAUUCGUCUGAAAAGUCUCACAAGUGUCUUAUGUGUAAAAAAGAAUUUCGGCUUAAGCACCAACUUACAGCGCACGAGAAGUCUCUUGCGCACCGUCUGAUAGCUAAGGAGUACAGCGACGUGGUAGAAUAGUUAAUAAAAAUAGCUGGUCUAUUCUGGAAAAGUGGCUUUAUACUACUUAUAAUAGAUAACCCUAGUUCCUCAAUUAAUUUACUAUAUUAGCUCUCUAACAUUUCCGGAGAGCUGGGAAUGGUUUGCUCCAUUUUGUUGCGGUGGGUUAGCGUUUGCAGGUGAGCUUUCAGCUGGUGCAGCAGAGUGAAUGACUUGCAACAGAUACCACAGCUGAAAAGUUCAAAUUAUUAAUAAAAAGUGCAAAUCACUAGAAAGGAUU